GCACCGAUGGCUACGUCACACAUGGUAAAAUGGCGGUACUAGCAAUGGCUUUGAAUUUUCACCUUAUGUUUUAAGCUUUGGAAAACUAACCCCACGAAAUAUGCGGUACUAAUUAUACACGGGGACGGUCUAACUGGUAAACACAUAAAAUAUAUCCGCAAUGGAUUCCGUCGUGGGGGAAGAUCCAACUCUGCCUAUAGACAUGAACGGGAGCACCGGCUUGUCCAGACUCGAUGAGAUGGCAGACGACGGACAUCUUCCGAUGGACAGCAUGGCAGGACUCGUGUUUCCAGGAGAGCGAGUAUCACCAGGUAAAGCUCACACCAUGAAAGAUUAUGAAAACCAAAUCACUAAUCUGAAGAAAGAGAACUUCAACCUGAAGCUUCGCAUUUACUUUAUGGAAGAGCGUGCGCAACAGAAAUUCGACUCUGCCGAGGAUGUAUACAAAACGAAUAUUGAGCUGAAGGUGGAGGUGGAGUCACUGAAGCGAGAGCUGUCAGAAAAGCAGGAGCUCCUUGUCUCAGCCUCGAAAGCUGUAGAGAACUUGGCCGGGAAGGAAUCGGGGGAUAUUCUGCGUCUGAAAGAGCAGGCCAAGAGAGAGGUGGAGCGGCUGCGAGACUCUUUCAAUAAGAAGAUUCAGCAGUUAGAGGAGAAUUUGAAGGCAGCCGAAGAGGAGGUUGAGAAGAUGGCAGCUGUCGCAGAGCAGGAGAAGGUGCGAAACAUAGACAUGGAGAAGCAGCUUCUGGCAUUCAGCCUGUCCAGCACCUUUUCGCCUGCCCCCACCCAGGAUGUGCACCAUGUCCUGCAGGAGAAGGAUGGUGUUAUUGAGCAGCUGAAACUGUCCCUGAAAAACCGGGAUGCAGAGGUUGCACAGCUACAGAAGGCCAUCGGUGAUGAGGGCAGAGAGAGCCAGCCUGCCUCGGCGCCCACGGGAGACCUGGCUGAAGCCAUCGCUCAGAAGGACAAGGAGCUGGAGACUCUCAAAGAGGAACUUGGGCGUGAGAAGGUGAAAAAUGAAAGAGAACUGCAGAACUUUGUGGGAAAACAGAAUGACAUCGCUAAGAUGGAAGCUCUUACGAAGCAGAUAACAGAAGAACUGAACAGCAACAGGGCUACCAUCAAGAAUCUGACCAAGACUCUAGAAGAUAGAGAGAAUGAGACCAAGGUUCUGCAUGGAAAGCUCGAGGAGAGCGAGGUGGAGCUGUCCUCGGAGAAGAAAAACGCCGUGAAACGAGACAAAACAAUCCAGGGCCUGAGUCUGCUCCUGAAGCAGAAGGACAAGGAGAUGGAGGAGCUCUGUCAUGAGAUUGAGGACCGUGAUGCAGCCUUGGCCAAGUCCCGCGAGGCUGCACACAAGGCACAGAUCCAGAAAUACCAGGGUGCAGAGGAGCAUCAGAAUCUUCUGAUGGAUAAGCAGGCGGAGCUGGAGAAGCUACAGCUGGAACACCACGGCAAGGUGCUGGAGGCUCAGAAGCUCCAGCGAGCCCUUCAGCUUCGGGAACAGGAUCUUGGGGACGUGCAGCAAGCCAAGGAGCAGCUGGAGCAGGAGCUGGAGGAGCUGCAGCAGCUGAAGAAGAAGGGAGACAAAGCUGUCAAUGACCUCCAAAACCAGCUGAAGAAGCUGAAGGGGGAGCUGGGGGAGAGGGAGAGCGCCCUGGAGCAGCACUACCAGAGCCUCCUUAACGAGAGCCAGAGGACGCUGCAGGGCCACGAGGUCACCAUCCAGCGCCUCACCUGCAGCCUCAGUGACAAGGAGCAUCAGCUACAGGAGUACAUGCACAUGAUGAAAGAUCAGGAACAGAGGCGAAGCCCCGGGGGCGGCGGAGACAUGCUGACCAAGCUGCGGGAACGUCUCCGGGAGAAGGAGAACAGUCUGCAGCAAGCCCUGGAUGAGAAGUUUGCUGCCAUUGAAGAGAAGGACAAUGAGAUUCACCAGCUUCAUCUGUCUUUGCGCGAAAAGGAGCAGGACCUAGCAAGAUUGAAGAACCUUCUAUUGCACAACGAGGAGACGAUUAAUAGUUUUGAUUCUGUGAUUAAGGAAAAGGACGUGGAGCUCCAGCACCUGGCGAACAGCUUCAAAGAUCAGCAGAGGGCCAAGCAGGAGAUGGAGGGGAACCUUUCUCGCACCCUUCGGGAAAAAGACGCCAUCAUCUCUCAACUGCAGCAAGCGCUCGAGGGGAAAUCCAAGGAUUUGGAUGAGAUGAAUCGCACCCUCCUCAGCAAGACGCAGAGUGGCGCUGUAUCUGAGCAGCUCGGCCAGCAGCUGAAGGCGGCGGAGGCCUUGCUGGCUGAAGUCAUGAAGGACCGAGAGAGAUUGGUGUCGGACAACGAGAGCGCUGUGGAGGGACUGCUGAAAACCAUCAGCAGCAAAGACCAGCUCCUCAAAGAUUCUGCAGAGCACUAUAAGCGCCUCCUGGCUGAACGUGGCCAGGAAGUGCGAGACCUGAAGGAGCAGCUCGCUGAGAAGCAGCAGCAGCUCUGCGAGGCCGAGAAGCAGAGCUCGGCAAUCGCACACGCAAAGUGCCUGGUGACUGCGGAGCUUAGGGGCCUGCUGGCCGAAAAGGACACCGUGAUAAAUAAACUGGUAGAGAGUGGCCAGGAGAGAGAGACGUUCUUGGCGGAGCUGAGACUGACGGAGGUGGCCGUACCGCAGGUGGUGGAGCUGAAACAGACCGUUCAGGUGUUACAGGAACGUCUGCACGAGGAGGAGGCUGUGAUUUUGAAGAAAGACGAAGACUCAGGCCCGGGGAAGAUUGAAGUGAUGAAGAGCGCAGUGACUCUGAAGAAGGAGCUGGCACAGAAGACAGAAGCCCUGAACAAAGCCAUGAAGAAAGACAGUGAGCUGAAGGUUGAAUUGGCUGAGCUGCGGUCCACGCUGGCAGAUCUGGAGAGCCGAACCGAAGCCCAAGCCGCUAACAUCGAGUCCCUAACAGCUGUGCUACAGACAAAGGACGAGAUUAUCCGGAGUCUCCAUGAGCGUCUAGGAGAGCCAAGGGACCGUGAAGUGUCUGAUCUCCAGGCUCGGGCAGCUGAACCAAAGGAAGAGAGACGCCUCCCUGGCCUCCCGCAGAGAGAGAGAACCAUCAUUGGUGGGGACAGCCAGCCGGAGGCGGCGCCCGCCCUGUCCACGCUGCUCUCUGAGCACGAGGCCCUGAACCGGGCCCUAAAGGCAGAACAGCAGCUCUACUCCAGCUUGGUGAGGACCGUUAGAGAAUCAGACAGUGCCCGGCGCCUGCACGCCCUGCAGAUGGAGCUGGCCGCCGUGCAGCUACUGCGUCAGCAGCUGGAGGAGGGUGUGCAGAACAACGAGGAGCUGCGGCGGGUCCUGGAGACAGAGCUGCAGCGCGCCAAGCAAAGAGAAGGGAGUGACUGUCAGGCAGAACCAGUCGACCCCAAGGAACUGGAGAGUGUGAGACAGCAGCUGGAAGAUGCCCAGCGAUGGAAUGCGUCCCUGCAGGCCCGCCUUGGUGCCAUCCAGAAUCGCGGCGGCGGGGUGGGCGGCACCAGCGACACUGCUGACACGUUUAGCUUUUUGGCCGAUCAGACAUCCUACUUGAGCAUCUGUGUGGAAGACAGACUAGAUGAGGAACUGGGUCAUCUUUCAGUGCCAGAACUCCGACAAAUGAUCCUUGAACUCAGAGAUUAUAUCAAACGACUGCAAGCAUCAAAUGAAGAUCAUCACAAAAAGGUCUCACUGGUUAGCAGAUCAGAUGCCAAACCUGAUGAGAAGGAAGAUGAAUAUGUUUCUCAGCUUGCCUUUGACAAUAAGCAUCUCGAGAAGAAUCUAGAUGGAGCUGCUCGCAUUAGCAAGACCUCUGGGCUUAGUGAGGAGUAUCAGCAAACUGCUCGGGGUCAGUCAAGCGAUGAGCGCGCCCAGUCUUCUGAUGGAGAGUGUCAAAGUAGCGGGGUUUCCCAGACCCAAAGCAGGGGAGGGCAGCUUAACGAUGCCGCUAAACGUAAGCGUGACAGGCGCCAAGAGGGUCUGAGCAGGGAUAUGGAGCUCCUGUCACUCCUCAAGGAGAGAAGACUCUCGUCUGUGACUCAGCUCAGGGAGGAAAUUUUGAGACUGCAAGCUGAGAAUGCUGCUUUGAGGGGGCUCCUGAAGAAGGAGCAGUCUGAGGAGCCCAAAGGAAGCACAGACAGCUCAGGAGAGAGUGGCAGCGAGAGAGAUCUUCAGAAAAUGGUGGAAAAGAUGAAGUCUGAGGCAGUGAGCCAACGCAGGAUCAUAAAAGUGCUUAAGGAUCAGCUGGAGCUCAACUCUGCUGCCGAGGGUGGGGCCACUUUUAACCCGGAUCUGAUUGUGAACAUGGCGAGAGAGAUCGAGCGGCUGAAAGCAGAGCUGGGACCCUCCAAGAGGCGCGCUGAGAGCCUGCAGAAGGAGGCACAGCAAAAGGUAUCCCAGCCGAUCAUCUCCAACUCGAAGGAUGCCACUGUGGGUCCAGCUCAGCACAAAGCGCUGAGACCUGCUGCUGGAAAAUCACGCCUCCCUGUUCCCAUAAGGCAUGAUAAGGUGGUUGUUAAUAGACCUGUGGUCAGUCAAGCUGCUGAUAUAGAGAUGCAGUCCUUAACAGAGGAGGUCCUUGAGAUGGAGAAAAAACAUGAUCAGGAAGAAUCUACAAUGAGGCCAGACUGUCCGGGGUCCGCAGAAGACAUCCAGAAGGCUGGAGGCUUUACAGCCAAGCAGAUGGAAGGCACUGAACUCCUCAGUCAGUUAGAGUUACUCCACUACGAAUGUCAGGAGAAAGAACGUGUGAUUGGCCAGCUCCAGGAAAAGGCUGCAAAGUGUGAGGAGUUACAGGCAACGCUCCUGGAGAAAGAUGAGCUGAACAGAGAGUUUGUCGAAGCCUUACAAGCUGCAGAAUCCACCAUAGAGUAUCUUACUGCCUGUAACAUGGAUAAGGAAGGACAAAAUGACCAUGUUCUUCAGUCUGACCUCCACGACCACCACUGGGAGCUUCAGAGAAUGCUUCAGGAAAAGGAGGCACUGAACAAGCAGCUGUUGGACUGCCUUCAUGUCGCGGAGUCUGCCCAAGCCUCUCUGAGCGCUUUCCCAGCAGGCAGGGCUAGUGCAGACACACCGAUCAGCUCCAGUGAUCCUCAAGGGUUGCUGCACAAGCUUGAGAAUGUUCUUCAGCAGAUCGGUGCGUCUGUGGAUCAAUCGAAGUCCAGGGUAGUAGAUCCUCAGGAUUCGGCCUCAGAUUCGCAGCGGCAGAUUGGUCAGCUGCAGGAGGCGCUGAGGGAACAGGAUCGGCGAAACGCUGAGCUGCAGGAGAGACUCGUUGCAUCUGAACCGGCAGCCAUACCAGGGCCCACAAGCAGUGGUACUACUGAGCAAGACUCAAGAUGUGGGACACAAUACCAGCAUAUUCAAAAACCCUCUAAGGACCAUGAAAAGCAAGAUCAAAUAAUAAGGCAUCUUGCAGAGUGCCUCUACACUGCUGGGUCAGCCUUAGCCUCACUCAAUGCUUGCUACACUCAUGGUAGCGCCACAGAGAAGCCAGUUAGUACAGAUAGCCUUCAGCAGGAGCUAAAAGAACUUCAAAAAGUUUUUCAAGACAAGGCUGAGUGGCAAGAACAUUAUCUAGAAUACUGUACUCAGAAGCUGAGAACAGCUUGCCUUGAGGGUCACCACAUGGACCUCUAUCAGAACAUAAGCAAUCUUCAGCAGGCUCUCACAGGAAGUGCCGAGGUUAUCUCAGAACUUCGGAAAGCCCUAGAAAAGCUCAAGGCACAAAAUAAGCGGUAUCAGAAUGAGCUGAGAAUAGGCAGAUCAAGUUCAAAAACCGCAGAUCUUCCAGAGAAGCUGGAAAACCUGCAGAAGGCACUUGGAGAAAGAGAACACGCGUGCAAAGAACUUGAGGAGAAGCUGGCCGCUGCUCAGGAGAUCAUCGCCAUGCAGAAGUCCAUCCAGGAGAAACAAGAUGGAAACCAAAAAGUGAUGACUCUGGGACAAGAUGACAAAGAGGUACAGGUGGAUUUACAGGACCUGGGUUACGAAACGAGCGGAAAGAGUGAAAACGAAAUGGAUAGGGAAGAGAACAGUAGCUCAGGUACUGUAGACAAUGAUCAGGACGUGCAUCAUGCCAGAGGUACAAACAUCCCUUCGCUGCUUGGGCAGAUCCAUGGUAAUUUCUCCUCCACGGAGAACCUCAACACAAGCUCUAGUACAUCAUACCCAAGCUCACCUACUCUCAGUUCCCCAAAGUUCAGCUUGAAGAACUUGCAGAUGUUUGAAGACUACGGAAUCACAGACAACCCGGAGCACCUGAAGCAGCAAGUUCUGGAGCUGAAAGGGCAACUGGAAACCCACCAGAGAGUCAGUCAGCAUCUGCAGAGUCUUCUGCAUCGAACCUCCCAGUCAAGCGAUCUCCUGGCCUUCGUUUGCGAUUCGCCCUACACAGCCUUGGAAAAAUACAGCCUAGAGCUGACCAAGGAGAAGAGACACAGUAUUGGUUAUGAAGAGGACCUCUCUUCUGAGGGCACGAUACUGAGCCAGGAUGAAGAUGAGAAGCAGAUGAUGAAGGAGCAUAUCACCAACCUUAGCACUGAGCUGGAGAAAGAAAGGAACUGCAACAAGAAUUUGGCAGAACAGCUGCAACAAAUUCAAUUUCGAAGUAGAUCAGCUUCACCAGCACGGAUGGACUCACUGGUGCAGUCUCAGGCCAGGGAGCUGUCCCAGCUCCGGCAGCAAAUCAAGGAGAGCCGGGAACUUGGCGCACUGCAGCGCCUGCAGCUGGAGGAGCUCGGCAAGGCCUUCGAGGAGUUGCUCCAAGCCGGCGACGUAGACCACUACACGGGAGACGUCGUACGCGAGCAGCUGGACAAGAGCCUGACCAUGCUGGAGAGGCUAGAGGAACAGCUAGAGAACGGAGACAAACAUUUGGAUAACGAAGAUAGAGCCGUUCUUGACCUGGCGCAGAGAGAGCCCCCAUGUCUCUCGCGUGACGCCUCCGAUAGCCCCCUGCGAUCACAGUUAGGCAGUGAAAGGGAGCAGCUGCAGCAGCAGAUGAGAUAUCUUGUGCAGCAGAACCAGAACUUAGCAGAAGUGACUAAGGAACAGCUGGAUCUGCUGUCCCGGGAGCUACAUGAGAAAAAGCAUCUGAUCCAAGACCUGCAGAGGCAGCUGCGAGGCCGUUCCCCCAGCAGUCACCACGGCUCCGCGCCCGAGCUGUCCAACAGGGGCCCUCCCAGCGACAGGCCGCCGCCGGACCGUGCCGAGUCCUCCUAUGGCCAUGGGCCUCUCGACAGUGCCAGCUCCAUCACGCCUCAGACACACAGCGUCAGCCGCUUACGUCCAGGCCUCGCAGCCACAAGCACUGCAUCUGUAACUGCUGUAGACUCUGCAGUGCGUCACCAUGACAACGUUGCUUCUGCAGCAUCCAGAAAGCAUAUCAGACCAGCUGGAGCGGAGCUGGAGAUCCAUCUGCAUGGGCUGCGCAGGGAGAACAGCCGGCUGCUGGAACAGCUCAGGAGCAGCGAGCAAGUGAACGAGACGCUGCGCAGUGAGCUGGACCUGCACUGCUCCAUCCUGGCCCAGAAGGAUGAGGUCCAGCCUGAGCCAUCUCCCCUGAAGCGGACCCCUGAUGCAGCAGAGCGAGCUACAGACCCAGAUGCUUCCAGGGUUCAGGCUCUGGCCAUGAGUCCAGAGCUUCUGGCCGAGCACCUCCAGGAAGUCCGCACCCUGAGGUUACGCCUGGAGGAGACGAUCCGUACCAAUGAGCGGCUCCGGGAGCAGCUGGAGCGCCGGCUGGCCGAGGCCGAGAGAGACCCAGCAGCGACAAAUAUCUUCAUCCACGGUGCGGAGGAGCAGAGCCAGCUGGCGAGCGAGAUCCGAUUCCUGCGGAGCCAGAACCAGGCCCUGAAGGAGCAGCUGAGCGUAGCCUCCAGAGACAAGCAGAGGGAGAGUGAGAAGCUGCGCGAGUCUCUGGCCAGGAGGACGGCCAGGCUGGAGGCGCUGAGGAGCGAGCUGGAAGAGCAGAAACGGGAGAGGGUCCGCACACAGAGCCGGCUGACCGGCACCGCAGAGGAGAACCGGCGGCUGCAGGAGUCCGUGCAGCACGACCGCGACGAGAUCCACAGGUUACAGGCAGAGAUGAGCGUGCAGAGACAGCAGCUGACAGACAGCCAGCACCUGCUGAAGUCGCUGCGUAUGGAGCUGCAGGUCAGCCAGCAGAUGAGGGCUGCGGCUGACAGACAGCAUGAUGCCUCCCAGAAAGUGCCAGCUCCGGGUGCUGGGAGCCUGGACCUGAACGAGCUUCUCUCUGAGAUCCGGCAUCUCCGGCUCCAGCUGGAGAGGAGUAUUCACACCAACAAUGCCCUACGGCAGAAGCUGGAGGAGCAGCUGCUGAGAGGAUCCACCCAGCAGGACGCCUCCCCCUCCACCAUCAACAUCAACUACCUUCUGUCUUCGGAGUCGAGGCACCCCCGCCCCAGCCGUGGAGGAGAUGAAUCCUCAGCGCAAGUUGUCGGUGACUUGACCCUUCCGUCUGUCAGAGUUUCCUCAGACAUCCUUUAUGAUACCAGUGGGGAGGUGAGGAGUUCAGGUCGUACAUCUCAGAGCAGUGGAAGCUCUGCAGACAGCGCCUCCACAAAACCAGCCCGGCUCGUCCCCGGCCACCACCUUUGGGCCAACAAAAACGGCCGGCACGUCUUUGGCCUCAUCGAGGACCACAAUGCCCUGCGCAAGCAGAUUUCUGAGGGAAGGAAGCUGAUUGGCAGGAUGGAACAGCACCUUCAGGAGUGUCUCCACGCUCUGUCCAAGCAGGACGCAAAAUCUGCAGUUCUAGAUCAGCAGCUGCUCAAAGGCUUUUCCUCUAACAUCAACACGAUGCAGCAGGUCCUGGAGGAAGCUGCUCGCCUGCUUAAGCUGCUGUGGAGAGUUUCCAUUCCAGCCUGCUCGUGCGCUGAGGGCCGUCAGGGCAAUCAGGACGAGACCUUAAAGUGUGAAAUCGCACGACUUAAGGCCAAAUUAAGCGAACAAGAGAGGUUACUGCUGGGGGCAGUGAAGAGGCUUCGUACCACUAACCAGCUGAAGGAAGGAAUGGAGAAGGUCAUCAUUGAGCAGCUGUCAUUAACCCAUGAUGUACUGAAGAAAGCGAGAGGUAACUUAGAGGAGGUCCCAGCCAAUGGGUAGAGGCCCCUCAGGUGCAGGGGGUGUGGCCCGGUCUGGCCAUCUCUCAUUCUGCAAGACACUCCAAUUCAGCAGCUGUGCAACACAGUCACACCUCAAGUUCCUCUCCUUCCUGCUAAGCAAACAACUCCCCAUUGUCUCCUGCUGUGAACUUGCAGUUUUUACUUUUGUGAUAAUGCUGAGCAAGUUUCAGAAGUUCCUUUGAAAAUAAGCACCUUUACUUGUGACCUAUUUUAAUACGUUUGCUGUAAAUCAUUACAAAGCAAUAAUGUAAAAGGUUUUCUGUUUGUAAAUACUGAAUCUAGUUUUAAAAGUUUUCUGGGUUUUUUUAUAUAUAUAAAACAUAGAAGUGAUUUUUUUUCUUUUAGAGGCCAAUUUGACACAAAUCUAUUUUCGCAGUACCAGUACAUACCAUGGCCCAUACUUGGAUACAAUGGUUUUUAAGAUAAAUGUAUGUAAAAUACAUUAAAUGUUUAAUUGUA